AAAUAUUUUCCAUACAAAAUAAAAAAGUUAUUAAUGUGGUUCUUUGAUAUAUCAGUUUUACCUUCAUAGUAAUAAAUAAUGUCUUGAAGUUGUAAGUGUCUGGAAGAAGCAAUCUCAUGACGAAUAAAUAGAACGAGAAGAAUACCGUUACGUCAUAGCCGACAGAAUUCCUCAGAGUGACAAACGAACGAGUACAGUGAACAGUGAUUUAAUGACUUUAGCGACUUGUUUUGCGUCUCAAAUGGAAAAUAAUAAGUCAACUGUGUUUUUUCAUCGAGUUAAAAAGAUCACGACUGACUUUGUCAAGAAUAAUCAUCAGAGUGACUCGAUGGCUUCUCCUACACCUUGUACCACGACGAGAAGCCCAACAGGUGAGAUGAGAGUUUACAAAAACGGUGUAUUCCCACCUAUUAUUUAAUAAAAACUAUAAAAAUAAUAAUAUAUCGCCAUAUAACGAAGCUUACAGACUUAAGAGGCAAAUAUUCAACCUCUCGUGAUUGUAAUGGUUUCGUGUAUAUUGUAUAUUUUCUGACUUUGUGAUUGAGGCCUGCUGUCAUUUUAUGUAUUGACAUUCUGGCUUUAAAGUUUCUCCUUUCCACUCAACAGAAAUUGUGCCUCGCUAACGUUACUGAUAAAAAAACAUUCUAAUAUUACUUUAAUUUAAACUUUAUGUGUAGACCUACGCAGUAAUUUUCUUAGUUUUUGAUGGUGUGGAGGAAUAUUUGUUAUAUUUGAGCAAACUGAGUGAGAAUAUUAUAUUUAAGUCUUUUAUUGGUUUAAGCAGGGAUAAAUUAAUACAAUUGAGGGAAAGUUGGUUUUAUAUUCACACAUUCUGACUUUCUUCUUAAAAAUAUAAUAACAGAAAUAUUGUUUCAAAUUCUAAAUGGGAAAAUCAUAUUAACAGCCAAAUUACUAUCAUUCUACAACAUUGUUUACUGUCAAUUAAUUAGUUAUAAUGUUGAUUUGAAGUCUUACUUACAUGCUAUUUCACACCCAAUGUUCAAAUUAGCAUGGUAAACAACAUGGAGACAGUUAAAUUAACAAACAUAAACCCAACUUUUCCUCCAUAAUAAUAAAUGUGUAUAGCUCUGUUUCUGUAACUGAAGUUCUGGAGCAAGACUUCUCUUUUCAUUUGGAAUUCUAAGACUGAUUGUUAAAUGUUUUAAGUUAUAAUUUACAAUUCACAGAUUUCUUAACUGAAGAUCCAGAGCGUGAGAAAUUGUUCACUUUGAGUUUGACGAUUGCUAAUGGAAAGCUGCAAAAAUAUGGAUUUUGUUUUUAUAAUUGUUUUGUGAUGGAGAAGUGGUGCUUGAUUGAAAAAUAUCGAUGUAGAUGUGGCACCCACUGACAAAAAAAUAAAAGGCUUCAUAAAUUUGAUUAAACAUUGUGAUGGUGAUUGUUAAUAGCUCAAACUAUAACUAUAAUAAAAUAUUCUAUAACUCAGAACUUUGAAAAAUCAAAAAAUGAGUUAUUAUAAAAGUUUGCAUUUCGUGUGAGCAGGAGUGAAAUGUUUAUUUUUGUAAAACAGUUGCUUCUAGGAUUUUUCCUAAUGUCUAAAAUGGAUGAAUUACCGACUAUUUGUCAGGUUGUAUUUGUCAUUUUACGUCAUAGAAAUGAUUCGCAAUCCCACGUAGUUAUUGUAGUUUUCAAACAUUUUCUAUUAUAAUUGUACAUUUAUUGUUGAUGUUUCUUUUGUGUGAUUGUCUUUUAUAUGUCUAAUUUUCAGCAGUUUGUCUAUUUUAAACUUGUGGUUAAAGAGUUUUCUAACAUUUCCCUGUUCAUUUCCUUUACUUCAGAAAACCCAGAGAAAAGGAGGAAAGGGAAAAAAGUCUCUGCUUUCUUUAAGAGAGUAUGGAAGGCUGCAAAGCGCCCUUUCCUUAGCUGUGACCAGAGCAGAGUGGUUCCCUUUGAACCACAGUCAGAUAACGACUAUUUCGAGCACCUGCCUGUUCCAGGUCCCUCCAGGACCGUCGCAGCACAUGCAGACCCUGAGCCGGUGUUGCUGCCAGGCCAGGUCUGUGAAGAACCUCAGCCGUUGAGUGUUCCGGGCCCCUCCAGGAUCAAGCAAACAGCAGAUGUGCCGAAUGCAGAUCGGGCCCGUCCUGAGUCCUCAACGGCCCUCACAGGUCAUGUUGACACUGAGCAGAUGCGUCCGCCAGUCCAGGUCUGCGACAGUCUCGAGUCGUUGGCUGUUCCAGGACCAUCCAGGAUCCAGUCAACGACCAUCGCAGAUCAUGUUGACCCUGAGCAGAUGCGUCCGCCAGUCCAGGUCUGUGAAGAUCCUCAGCCCUUGAGUGUUCCGGGCCCCUCCAGGAUCAAGCAAACAGCAGAUGUGCCGAAUGCAGAUCGGGCCCGUCCUGAGUCCUCAACGGCCCUCACAGGUCAUGUUAACACUGAGCAGAUGUGUCCGCCAGUCCAGGUCUGCGACAGUCUCGAGUCGUUGGCUGUUCCAGGACCAUCCAGGAUCCAGUCAACGACCAUCGCAGAUCAUGUUGACCCUGAGCAGAUGCGUCCGCCAGUCCAGGUCUGUGAAGAUCCUCAGCCCUUGAGUGUUCCGGGCCCCUCCAGGAUCAAGCAAACAGCAGAUGUGCCGAAUGCAGAUCGGGCCCGUCCUGAGUCCUCAACGGCCCUCACAGGUCAUGUUAACACUGAGCAGAUGUGUCCGCCAGUCCAGGUCUGCGACAGUCUCGAGUCGUUGGCUGUUCCAGGACCAUCCAGGAUCCAGUCAACGACCAUCGCAGAUCAUGUUGACCCUGAGCAGAUGCGUCCGCCAGUCCAGGUCUGUGAAGAUCCUCAGCCGUUGAGUGUUCCGGGCCCCUCCAAUAUUAAGAAAAUGACGGAUGCAGAUUCGGUCAGUCCUGAGUCGCCUCCGUCUGUUCAAGACCCUUCUAAAAUUGAUGGGACUGAUGAAAACCCCAAGAAAGGAAGGAAAGGGAAAAGAGUCUCUGCUUUCUUUAAGAGAGCAUGGAAGGCUGCAAAGCUUCCUUUCCUGCAUUUUACACCACAGCCUGAGCCAGAGUCAGAGCCAGACAUUGAGUCAGUAUGUCUGCCAGGCCAGGGUCCUGAGGAGGCUUCUGGGCUCACUCGUGGACUUGAUCUGACUCAGUUUGAAGUCGGAGACCUGAUUGGAGAAGGAGCUUUUGGCCAGGUGUAUGUGGCAUCUCACAAACGCAGUAAAAGAGUAAAGGUUGCCCUGAAGUGCAUGGUGAAGAGUCAACAGGACCGCUAUCUGGACAUUGAUGGUCAUUCCACACCUGUGCUUGCAGAAGUGGCAAUGAUGCUUAGGUUGAUGAAAGCUCCGCGAUGUCCAAACAUCAUCAGAUUACACAACUGGCUUGAGAUUGAGGACAACUUUGUUCUCAUUCUGGAGUACGCAGAGUCAUGCCAGACCUUGCUUCAGUACAUCAAAGACACAGCGGACAUUGAGGAAAACCAAGCACGCCAGUUAAUGCGUCAGUUGAUCCGAGCUAUAAUGUUCUGCUCUGAGCGUGGAGUUUUCCAUGGGGAUAUACACACAGCGAACAUCCUGGUGACUCUACCCCGAUUAGAGCUCAAAUUGAUCGACUUUGGAUGUGCUCAGCCAAUUACCCAAAAGCCUUUCAAUAAAAGUGACUAUCGAGGAGCUGGACAUGGCAUGCCACCUGAGGCUUUGAGGUGUCGUGUAUUCCAUGCUAACCCGGCAUACGUCUGGACAAUAGGCAUUAUGCUGUAUGAAAUAAUGCAUGGACGACUGGCCUUCAAUAACAGACAGUCAAUAAUGUUUGGCGCAAUUCAGAUACACCCCAGGUUAUCCACAGCAUGCGUGGACCUGAUUUCCCAGUGUUUGAUCCGUAAUCCAGCUAAACGGCUACAGUUACACCAGGUAGAAGAGCACUGCUGGUUCAAUCCAACGACCCCAAAUCCUGUGAAGCAGUUAUACAAGAGGAGAAAAAACUAAAGAAGCGAGGAGGAGGAGAGCACCAUUUCCAGACAUUCACAAGACUGUUAAAGUUAUUAAUUACUCCCUCAUGUCAUUCCAAACCACUAAGACCUCACUUUUCUUCAGUGUCAGUUCAUGACGUGUGUUGAAGAGAGCUCUGUCCUGCACUGUAUGUGUGUCGCACUGCUGACGUCUACCUCAGAUGUGCCCACGCUUUGUUUAAAUGAGAGGAAGUCGCGCAGGCCUCUGGGUUAAACAUCAGCAGUACGACACACAUACAGUGAAGUACAGAACUUCUGAAGUCAUUAUUUCUGUUUUAUUGUUUUUGUGUUUUUCUUUCUGCAUGAAAGAAGUUUCACCUAAAAAUGGCAGCUGUAGCUCCAAACCCCUGACACCUUUCUUCAUCUUCAGAAAACUAGUGAAAAUAUUUGAGAUGAACUGCGAGAACUCUCUGAUCCUCCAUAAACCACAAGAAUGAAGAGAUGUUUAAAUCCCAGAAAACUUCAUCAAACCAUGAGAGCUCUGUCCUGCGCUGUAUGUGUCGCACUGCUGAUGUUUACCUCGGAUGUGCCCACGCUUUGUUUAAAUGAGAGGAAGUCGCGCAGGCCUCUGGGUUAAACGUCAGCAGUGCGACACACAUACAGUGCACUGUGCUCUUAUGAGCGUGCGAUUUGAGGGUCAGAGAGCUCUCAGAUUUCAUCUAAAGUUUUCAUUUGUGUUCUCAAUAUGAAAUAAACAUAAAUUUGAACUAAGGACAUGAGGCGAGUAAUUAAUGACAAUAAUGGUAAUUCAUGGUGCCUGGACUGCAGCUCUGCACAAGAUGUUUGGCCAGAGGA